AAUAAAAUAAAAUACAGCAUAUAUUUUAGCUUUAAAAUCCUUUCUUUCUUUUCUUUUCUUUUCUUUUCUUUGAUAAACAUAAACAAAAAAAAAAUGAAAUUGAAGCUUAAUACACCAAUCACGUCUGAAUUACAAUGGAUUUCACAAAUGAAUGUAGAUAUCAAUACUUCUUCUGCAAGAAAGACGAGUAUCAUUGGAACAAUAGGCCCCAAGACAAAUAGUGUUGAAAUGAUUACUCAGCUUCGUAAUGCUGGUUUAAAUAUCGUUCGUAUGAACUUUUCUCAUGGCUCUUAUGAAGUAAAGUAUCUUUGUUAAUCGUUCACUUCUUUUUAUUAUAAUUUGUAAUGGGAUUCAUUUAUCACAAGAGUUUUUAUAGUAUCAUCAAUCUGUUAUUGAUAACACGCGUAAAAGCGCUAAAAUGUAUCCUGGUAGACCUACUGCAAUCGCACUUGAUACAAAGGGCCCCGAGAUUAGAACAGGUGUUAUGAAGGAUGAUAUCGAAAUUCCUAUUAAUGCAGGUCAUGAAUUCAUUUUAACUGUAAAUGAUAAAUACAAGGAUCAAUGUGAUGAUAAGAUGAUGUAUGUUGACUAUAAGAAUUUACCUAAAGUCAUUCAAGUCAACAAAUUAAUUUAUGUGGAUGAUGGUGUAUUAUCUUUACAAGUCAUUGACAUUAUUUCAGAUCAACAAGUGCGUGUGAGAGCAUUAAAUGAUGGUAAACUUUGCUCACGUAAAGGUGUUAAUUUACCUGGUACACCUGUAGAUCUUCCUGCUUUAUCUGAAAAGGAUAAAAAGGAUCUAGAAUUUGGUGUGAAGAAUAAGGUCGAUAUGAUCUUUGCUUCCUUUAUUCGUCGUGCACAAGAUAUAAGAGAUAUUAGACGUGUAUUAGGUCAAGAAGGGAAAUAUAUUAAGAUUAUUUCUAAAAUUGAAAAUCAUCAAGGCGUCGAAAAUUUUGAUGAAAUUUUAGAGGAAACAGAUGGCGUUAUGAUUGCUCGCGGUGAUAUGGGUAUUGAAAUUCCUUUAGAACGUGUCUUUAUUGCUCAAAAGAUGAUGAUUGCAAAAUGUAAUCUUAUAGGAAAGCCUGCUAUUUGUGCUACACAGAUGCUUGAAUCAAUGACCUAUAAUCCUCGUCCUACGCGUGCUGAGGUAUCUGAUGUAGCAAAUGCUGUUUUAGAUGGCGCUGAUUGUGUUAUGCUUUCUGGAGAAACAGCAAAGGGGAAUUACCCGAUUGAGGCAGUUCAUACAAUGCAUGAAACAUGUUCAUUGGCUGAGUCAGUCUUAUGUUAUCCUCAACUAUUCAACGAAAUUCGUUCAUUGACAGAGUUACCUACAAGUACGGCAGAGACUGCUGCUUGUGCUGCUGUCAAUGCUGCUCAUGAACAAGAGGCUAAAGCAAUCAUCGUCUUAACUACCUCUGGGAAAUCUGCUGCUCUUAUCUCCAAAUAUAAACCAAGUAUGCCCAUCAUUGUCGUUACACGUAAUCCUCAAACCGCUCGUCAAAUUCAUUUGUAUCGUGGUUGCUUCCCUUUCCUUUAUCCAAAUCCUUCCUCUGAUGAAGUAGGCCGUUUAAGUGCUUCUUAUAGUACUGACUAUCUUGAUCAUUUAGAUCUUACUCCUUGGCAAGAUGAUGUGGAUACUAGACUUAGAUGGAGUAUGGAACAAGGCAUUUUAUAUGGUUUAUUAAAACAUAAUGAACCUAUUAUUGCUGUACAAGGCUGGAGAGGUGGUUUAGGCAAUACAAAUACUAUUCGCAUUCUCAUUUCACCAUAAAUGUCCGAAUUCUAAACAAAAUAAAAAAAAAAGAAAAAAGAAAAAAAAAACGGAAUAAAAUAAAAAAGUAAUUGACUCUCGCAAAUGAUGACUCUUCAAAACUAUAAACCUAAAACACACAUACAUACACACUAUUAUAGUUGUGGUGCCUGCUAUUCAAAUCAUCAUUCUGGCAUGACUUCUUUAAUAUGUAUACACGUAUACAUGUUAAAAAAAUUUUUUUUAAAGAAAAAGCAAUAAAUAACUAUAUUAAUAGCAU